AUGAAAAACGAUUAUGCGCCGGCGCAUUAUGUGCCGGCGAACGCUGUGAAUCUUGAUGGACAGAACAGCCAGUUCACCGAUGCCGAAUGUUUCCAACAAGGUAUGGCAUUUUUUGCUAAUGCCGUUUCGGCUUCGGCGCUUCGCAACGUCAUCCGUCCGUUCACUUGGUCAGAAAAGAUGCAUUUCACUCGCUUCGCCGUCCUCCACACUGAGCCACUGCAUCGGGCGGCCAUUCGCAAAAAUGCCGCAUAA